AUGGGCACGCAAAACGUAUCACAAGGCGCUGACAAGGAAGGCUUGAUUGCAUGUUUAUGCGUAGGCGUCGUCUUUGUUAUUGUGCGCACCGGCGCACGCUGGUAUAAGCUGCGCAAAAUCCCUGUCCAAAUGGAGGACAUCUUCAUGUACCUCGCCUUGGUAUCUUUUAUCAUCACAGUCGCGCUCUACUAUGCGACCAUCGACACCUUUUUCAAAAUCACAGCAAUCUCCGAAGGUCAAGCGCAACCAUAUGCCAAACUACCGGAGGACCUUGUCGUGAUGCUCAAGGAAUUCUUCGUCGUCCAAUUCUUCUUUUGGCUGACGCUAUGGGCUGUCAAAUGGAGCCUUCUCUUCAUGUUCAAGCGACUGACCAAAGGCCUGCCUCUCUACACGCAGAUCUGGUGGGGUGUCCUGAUAUACUCUGUCCUCGUCUUUAUCGGAUGCUGCAUUAGUAACUUUACUAGCUGCUCCUCAAUGAAGGCGUGGUUCACAGCGGGAGAGUGCAGUACCAGCGCUCGAGAUGCGCGCGCCAAGGAAAUCAGUCUCUGGUUUAGUUUGGCCGCCGAUCUAUCUACUGAUCUUCUGAUCAUGGCCGUGCCGCUUCGCGUCCUAUGGAAUCUCAAGAUUUCUCGCAUCGAAAAGAUCAGUAUUGGACUCAUCUUUGCCGUCGGCCUCAUCACCAUGGCCACUGCUAUUAUUCGAAGUGUGUCACUCAACUCUAGCUCAAGUACAGGACAAGUGAGCACGACGUGGCUGAUGUUGUGGGCUGGCAUUGAAGGAGCAGUCGCCAUCAUUGUGGGCUGCCUCCCCUCGUUUGCGAUCUUCAUCCGCGGCCGAGUAAAAGCCUCGAAAGCCCAAUACGAGGAAAACUCGAAUCAAACCCCACCAGACUACAACUCGCAACCAAAGUCCCGCGAACGGGCAAACAGUCUAGGAUCUCAAGAUCCCAAUCCCUUAUGGGGGACCCGCGACAACUCCAGCGACAAAAGCCUAGUAGAUGACACUAUUGUCACUCGUGCAUGGGCGCAAAAAUGGCAGAAUCCGCAUCGGCAGCAAGCACUGCAAAGAGAUCCCGAGUCCGGCCACGAAUUACAUACGCUACCGCCGCCAUAG